AUGAUGACAGAGAGCAAAUUUGGUGAAAUGAGAUUCAAAGACGAACCCAAGUCCUUGAGCGCCCUAUCACAGGCUCCUGCAGCUCCCAGAGAGAAGACUAGGUUUCCAAAACUUAACACUGGUUGCCCCAAACUACUUCUUGCUGCAUUGCUGAUUCUUCUGCUGCUGAAAAUCUCAUUAGCAAUUACCUUUACCACUUUCUUUCUAAACUGUUUUAAACUUGUUCAAGAAGAAACGUUUACCCAAGAAGUGACUCAGACUUUGUUGGAAUGUAGGAAAGAAAACUUGGUCAUGGAAGGCAAAUCCUGGAGCUGCUGCCCGAAGAAUUGGAAGUCAUUUGGUUCAAAUUGCUACUUUUUUUCUUCUGAGAAAAAAAAUUGGACUGACAGCGAGAAGCACUGUGCAGGGAUGCAGGCGCAUCUGCUGGUGGUUGACAGCAAGGAGGAGCAGGACUUUAUUAAGAAUAAUUCGAAAGAGAAUCAAACUUAUUAUUUGGGGCUGUCAGAUCUGAAGAAUGGUCACUGGGAAUGGGUUAAUGAGACACCAUACAAUCCAAGUGUCACGUUCUGGCACCCAGGAGAACCCAAUAAGGACUAUGAACAUUGUGUUGUAUUAACUUUUCGUUCUGAAUGGGGUUGGGGUUGGUUUGAUAUCCCUUGUAAUUUGCAUCAAGAAUCAAUUUGUGAGAUGUUGAAGAUCUACAUAUGA